GCAGCGCUGCGCGAGCCACUCCAAUUCAAAUCCCUCCAAAAAAAAAAAAUUCCCUCCGAUCUCCCACCCCACCCCCCAGUAACCGCAGCGGCGGCGCCUGAACGCCGGCGGCGAGGGCGGUUCCUUGUCGCAGCCGUCCACCGUGCACCCCGACUCCCUAACCUGCGCACCUCUCAGCGUCUCUCCUCACCGGCGCCGAGUGCGAAGGCGGGAGGAGGUGGGGAGUAGGGUCUAGGGUUUCUGUCGGCGCGGGCGCGGGGGCGACCAGUCUGAUGGCGGUGGACACGGGCGAGCGGCUGGCGGUGGACGAAGUCCUCUCCUUCGCCCAGGACCUCGUGGGCGUGCUCCGCGCCAGCAACGACCGCGACGCCAACGCGCAGACCGGCGCCGGCGCGCGGAUGCUGCUAUCCGCCUGCCGAUCCGAUUCCGACGACCUCGAGCUGCAGAUGAGAGAACACCAGGAAAAAAUACACUCCUGUAAGGAAAAGAUAGACAAAGCAAAAUCUGAAACCAUUACUGAUGAUGAACUGAAUGCACUGCAAAAGAAGAUGGAAGAAAAACUCCAGGAAGAGAAACAGCUUCGCCAAGAAUUAAGAGUGUUGCGUGAUGAACUUGAUAACCUAGACCGUCAAAGAACUUCUAUAGAAGAAAGAAAGGAUGCUGUCAAGAAGAAAAAGAAAGACAUGCAGAAGGCAGAACGCACACUUUCCAUGUGUGUGUCAGUUACGAACAUCAUGCCAAAUUUUGAAGACCAGGAAAAGAUUUCCGGCUACAUUGUGGACAAGACUGGGAAGAAGAUAGAGAAGUUCGAGUUUGAGAAGACGACACUGCCGGUCGAGAUCUGUGACAAGCUCUGGAAGAAGAUCUAGCGCGCACAGACCACCAUUGUUGUAAGACGGCGAAGACUGCUUCUGUAUAUUGUCGCAGGUGGUGGACCUCCCACCAGGAUGCAGUUCGCCAUGUUGUUUAAAUCAUUAGUUCCGUGACAUUGUUGUACUGUUUCCAGUUAACCGGUCAGAUUAGCUCCUAGUUUGUGUGGACACUACUAGAUCUACACUAGACAUUAGCUGGAGAAGCAAGUCAUGUUUGAAUAAGUUCUAGAGCUGUUAGUUGUUUUUUGUUGAAAUAAUGCGUGUUCUUUUAGAAGAAUUUGCUUCUAGUUUGCAAUUCGCAUCCA